AUGUCUAUUGAGAAAGAGCCUGUAAACGCAGGCGAAUGGACUGCAGAGGAUACGGAUCUACGAGCAACCUCCUACGAUGGGAGACCAAAAGUUGAAAAAAAGUCUUUGCUAUCCAAAAACCGAGCAUCCACAGCAACAGAUGUUUCCGUCACCGUCCUUAAAUCUCUGCGGGAGAUAGCGCAGGCUUCGGGAAUGAUACCAUAUGUCGGUCUUGCUGCUGCAUUAGCCUUGGAAAUUGUUACCGCUGCUCAGGCUGCAAAGGACAACAAAGACUCCUUCAAACAACUGGUCUAUGAUACUUGCUCGCUCGUGGCGAACAUCUCCGCUGUCUGCAAACAACUUAUGCAAUCCGAAGGUCAAAAACUAUCACCCAUGUUAAAUGAACACCUGAAGAUGCUCAAAGACACUCUGGCUGAGAUUAAAGUCUUCGCUGAGAAGCGUGCUGAAAAAAUGUACUGGAGGCGUUUCUUGUCCGCAAGAUCGGACACUGACAGAAUACGAGAGUUUCGAGAACGACUUCGCCAGGCCCUGGACGUGUUCGGAGUUCAAUCCCACAUAACUGUUCGUGAAUCAGUGGUGCGCAUGGCCAGCCGUCAACAGACAUUUCAUGACGAUUUGAAAGAACACUUCAUUCCUCGACAAGAAAGCCCUGAACCAUACUCUUCAGAGACUCCGAAAAGUAGAAAUCCUUUCACAUCGGUCGCACCUUCCACGAACAACCAUACCGCCUCCUCAGCACCUAGCUUUGAUGAUGCAUUCAAAGAUAUGGAUAUGUUGUCUUUCGCGACUAUCAGGGGAUCUGUAACGGUUAACAACAUCAGUGGUAAUAGUCAUAUUACCGUGAAUAGCCAACCGAAGUUUCGGUCCAAAAAUGUUGGGAACGUCUUUCAUACAACGACGGUCAAUUCGAACAAUACUUUCCUCGUAAACGGAGGAGGCCGCCGCCAACAAUUCUACUAA